AUUGACACGUCACGAAGGUCAGGAUUGAGCUGAUGGAAAGAUGGCGAGCACCUACAACUCCUUCAACCUACACACGACAGCAGAGAAGUUUUACAUCGAGGCCUGUGAUGAUGGAGUUGGAGAUGUUCUCGCCAUCGACCGUGUGUCCACUGAAAUGACCCUCACUGUGAGGAAGGACGUUCCUCCUUCGGCAGUGACGCGACCAAUAUGUGGCAUCAUGGGAACCAUCCGGCUGGUGGCAGGCGUUUACCUCAUCGUCAUCACCAAGAAGAAGAAAGUGGGUGAUCUGUUGGGUCACGCCGUCUGGAAAGCGUCCGACUUUGACAUCAUUUCAUACAAGAAGACGGUUCUGCAUCUGACAGACAAUCAGAUGCAAGACAACAAAGUGUUCCUGUCCAUGCUGAACAGUGUGCUGAACACUGACGGUUUCUACUUCGCCACAGAUUACGACCUGACGCACACAUUACAGCGGCUGUCCAACACCAGCCCAGAGUUUCAGGAGAUGACCUUACUGGAGCGGGCGGAUCAGAGGUUUGUGUGGAACGGUCACCUGCUCCGAGAGUUUAUGGCACAGCCGGAGCUCCACAGAUUCGUGUUUCCUGUUAUUCACGGCUUCAUCGCUAUGAGGUCCUGCUGCAUCAACGGUAAAAUCUUCGACUGGAACCUGAUUUCCCGCAGGAGCUGUUUCCGUGCUGGUGUCCGCUAUUACGUCAGAGGUAUCGACUCAGAGGGUCACGCGGCCAACUUUGUGGAGACCGAACAGAUUAUCCAGUAUAAUGGAGCAAAAGCUUCAUUCAUUCAGACUCGAGGCUCCAUCCCGUUCUACUGGUCUCAGAGACCAAACCUCAAAUACAAACCAAAACCGCAGAUCAGCAAAAGCAUCAAUCAUCUGGAUGGUUUCCAGAGACACUUUGACUCUCAGAUCAUCACAUACGGCAAACAAGUGAUUCUCAAUCUGGUGAAUCAGAAGGGCUCGGAGAAGCCGCUGGAGCAGGCCUUUGCAAAGAUGGUGGGCAGUCUGGGAAACGGCAUGAUCAAGUACAUCGCGUUUGACUUCCACAAGGAGUGCAGUCGUAUGCGCUGGCAUCGCCUCCAGAUCCUGGUCGAUACAGUGGCUGAACUGCAGGAUGAGUUUGGCUACUUCCUGGUGGAUUCGGACGGUUCUGUUCAGAUGCAGCAGGACGGGACGUUCAGGAGUAACUGUAUGGACUGUCUGGACCGAACCAACGUCAUCCAGAGUCUGCUGGCGCGCCGCUCACUGCAGUCUCAGCUGGAGAGGAUGGCAGUGCUACAUGUGGGCCAGAGAAUUGAAGAACAGGCGGAUUUUGAAAAAAUAUACAAAAAUGCAUGGGCGGAUAAUGCCAACGCGUGUGCCAAGCAGUACGCCGGCACAGGAGCCCUGAAGACCGACUUCACACGCACAGGGAAGAGGACGCAGUGGGGUUUACUGAUGGACGGCUGGAACUCCAUGAUCAGAUACUACAAGAACAACUUCUCUGACGGCUUCAGACAGGACUCUAUUGACCUGUUCCUGGGGAAUUAUGCUGUGGAAGAAGCUGAUAUGAACACUCCUCUGCAUGAGCCCAAAGACUGGAAGUUCCUCACGCUGCCGAUCAUCAUGGUGGUUGCGUUCUCAAUGUGCAUCAUAUGUCUCCUGAUGGCUGGGGACACGUGGACGGAGACUCUGGCGUACGUGCUGUUCUGGGGCUCCGCCAGCGUGGUGACCGGCGGCGUGAUCCUCUUCAACGGACGGGACUUUGUGGACGCCCCGCGGCUGGUGCAGAAGGAGAAGAUGGACUGAACCUGCGUGUGUGGGAAGCAGUCGGGCCCCGCGGAGCCUUCAUCCUCAUCCUCACCCUGGAGCCUGUACUGAUGACGAUGAUGAUGAUGAUGAUGAGGGCCCGGGGUCGAACACACGGGGUCACGCUGCUCUCCACACCAGCAUCAAGCCACGCCCACUUUCCCAUGAUUCCAUCUGCCGGUCGCACCGCUGGACGCUCAGGCUGACCGUGAGGCCCUCGGCCCCGUCCUCACGGUGCAACCAGAUCCGCCAUUUUGGCUCAAGCGCUGGCUGAUGAUGACGUGUUUGUCUUGUUUUCUAAUAAACGCUGAGUGACAGUAA